UCCCUCGGCGACAAAGAUCGCCGGCGAGCACCCGGAAUGGGCGCAGCGCUGCACCGUGGAGCCGGCAAGGCCGGGCGAGCCCUGUGCAUUGACGAUCUUCAUGGCUGAGGUGGGCCUGGAUGAUAUUCAGCUGUUGCGAUGGUGCAGCUGGAUGGAUCGGCGCUUGACCACCGAACGGCCGGGCUUUGCGGGUCGCAGCCUUUUCAAGGCGUCCACCAUCGACUUCUCGGAGAACACGCUCUCCGUAAAGGGGAUCAAGGCCUUGUGUGGCCUGCUGGAGAAGCACCGCGUGCGCUGCGAGGUGCUCCGGCUCAGCGGGAACCGAAUCGGCAACGAGGGUCUCAGGUGCAUUGCGAAGUACCUGGCCUCGUCGAGCCAAGCCCCAGUUCAGGAGCUGCUGCUCACAAAGAAUCGUUUCUCGAUGGAGGGGGUCAUAUGGCUGCUUGGUAGCCUGGCUCUGCACCCCGCCUACCCGGUGUGGAAUGCCGCCACUCAGCGGUUCGUCCCGCUUUGGUUGCGCUUGGAGAGCAACCGGGCCACCCAGGAGGCGCACCGGGCCCUGGCGGAAGCCUGCGAACGCCUGUGCUUUGCCGUUUGCCUCGGCGAGAGGACGGAAGACGAAGCCUGCGGACCUCGGCGGUGUGUGAACGCCGCCUGCUCCGACCAGCUGAAGCACAACUGCGUGGCGCACCUCUCCGGGACUGCUUGGAAGGGCACUGUGCCAGCGCCUGGCUUCCACGCUCGAGCUUUCUUCAGCGCCCAAGGGCAGCCAGAGAUGAAGGCCUCCAACGGUGGCGCCUCGGCCCGCCGUGAGGAGCCCCGCGUGCUAUACGAGGAUGAGGACCUCGCGGUGGUGCUGAAGCCCUGUGGAUGGUCCACGACGCCCCAGCCCGAGGGCGUGGACCCCUCCUGGGUGUGGCUUGCGCCCGCAGCGCGGCGGGCACGAGUCGCGAAGCUUGUUGCGCAGGAGUCGGCGGCGCCAUUGCAAGGCUGGCUGCUGCUGCAGUUCGGGCACGAUCCCGUGUGCGAUGCCUGCAGGGACCAGACCUUAGACCGGGGCCUCGCGCACCGAUUGGAUGUGGAGACGUCGGGCCCGCUGCUGAUCGGAAAGACGCACAAGGGCUACGAGCACGCACGGAACCAAAUCCUCCUCGGGCUGCUCAAGGACUAUGUGGCCUUGGUGCAUGGAAGCUACGCACCGGAAAGGGUGAGAGGCGAGUGCCACCUGGCCAUUGACACGAGCACUUACCUCGAGACCGGGAAAGUCAGUGUGGAUGCGCGCGGCCAGGCCGCCUCCACAGUUUGGGAGGUGCUUGCCGAGUACGAGUGCCCGGACAAGAGAGAGAGGUAUUCGCUUCUGCAUUGCCGCAUGGUCACCCUGAGGACCCACCAGCUCAGGGCGCACAUGAAGCACUUGGGUCACCCGCUAGUGGGUGACAGCUUGUAUGCAUCGGGGUUGGUGCCGGACUUCUGUCCCCGCCUUUUUCUUCACAAGAUCCGCAUCGGGUUCUUCAACCUUCGCGGAGAGGCUUGCCUCCUCCGCUGCCCACUGCAAGCUGCGCCUGAACUGUGGCGCGCUCUCGGGCGGCUGAAGAAGGUCGGCGGGAUGGCCCUGCUGGGCUGCGGCGCCCCCGGGCGCUAG